UGUAGCUUUUGAGUGUCAGUUACAGACAAUAAUACGGUCACUGACGGUAUCUACUAGGUACACUUCCCCAAUUUUGUGUACUUUUUAGGUAUUCUAUACUGCAUCGUCGUACAAAAAAGGGGGGGUUAGGUCGAUUGAGUUGAUUCGACGUUGUACUUGUACUACCACAUCAAUGAUAGUACCUACCGAUAUUGAACACCCUCACCUCCCUCGCUUCAAUGUUCCUCACUUCCACACUUGCUUUGACUUUCUCACUUCCAAGCUUCCCAACUCGAAGUUCCUCCCUACAACCAAUCUACAUUGUACCUCUAAUCUCCGCUUUACCAUCCCACCAUUACGUACCUACAAUCCAUCCCUCGUUCCUCAUUCCUCGUUCCUCUUCUUGUCGUCUCACAUUUAACAUUGAAUAUUAAUCACAGAGCAUUGGACCGCUUUCCAAGGUUGCAGCCAAGUACUUGGUAGGUAUCAUAUAGACAAUACUUUCCAGUCACACUGAAUCCUUGGACAAUUCCGGGUAUUUCCAAUCAACAUGGCACCCUUACCAGUAGCCGAAGGCGAAGUGGACUUUAACGCUCCAGGGGCCGGGAAGCCCUGCAAGACCUGGUACAAGAUCGUCGGCAGUCUCGAAUCUGGCAAGACUCCGCUGGUCACUCUCCACGGCGGGCCCGGCGCCGGCCACGAGUACCUAGAGCCAUUAAUCGACGUCUACGAGCAACACGGCAUCCCCAUCGUCUUCUACGACCAGAUAGGCUGCGGCCGAUCCACACAUCUGCGGGAAAAGCCAGGCGACGUCAACUUCUGGACCUUUGACUUGUUCAUUAAGGAGCUCGACAACCUGCUCGACCAUCUGAAGCUGCGCGAUGGCGGCUUCCACCUGUUUGGCCAGAGCUGGGGCGGCAUGCUCGGCGGCGCAUACGCCGCGCGCAAGCCCCGCGGCCUCAAGAAGCUGAUUAUAGCCGGUGGGCCCGCCAGUAUCCCGCUCCUCGUUAAGGGCUAUGAUGAUCUCUUUGCGCAGCUACCGCCUGAUGUGCGCGCUGUCCUCGAAGAGUGCAAUAAGCGCGGCGACUACGAAAGUGAGGAGUUCGAGAAGGCCGCUGCGGUCUUCUAUUCUCGAUAUGUAUGUCGCAUGGACCCACAUCCCGAGGGGGUAAAGGCGGCGUUCAAGAACCUAAAGGACGACCCGACUGCAUAUCUUACUCUGCAAGGUCCGUCAGAGUUCAUCAUCAUCGGCUCUUUCAAGGAUUGGGAAGGCUAUCACGAUGCGCAUAACAUCGAAGCCGAGACGCUGCUCAUCAAUGGGCGGUACGACGAGGCACAUGACCUUUGCGUCGAGCCUUGGUUUAGGACUAUUCCAAAGGUCAAGUGGAUUACGCUUGAGAACUCGAGUCAUAUGGGACAUUAUGAAGAGCGUGAACGUUUCAGCAAAAUCACAGGCUCUUUCCUUGCGGGCGGGGUGCCUUGAGAUGGUGGGUAUCAUAGAUGCCCUUUUGGUUUGUGGUAAAGUAUGCGGCUAUGAGAUUAUCCGAUGAUAGUGAGGAAUUUGAUGAUCACAGGUGAUGGAAAUUGGAACCGGAGGGAGCAAUGGUACUUAUACCAAGAUGCCUUGCUUACCUAGUAGAUAUCUAGUAGUUUGCCGAGGGGUUGGUUUAUAUAAUGGUUAGAAGAACAGAAGCACUUCAGGCGCUACCUAUCAUAUAAGGAUGCGAGGGGUCUAAUGAUGGUUAUGAUGUCAAACUACCAAAUAGCAACCCAACUCACUACAACUUAAUGUG